CGAAAAGGAAACUCUGCCGGAAGUAGCUUGCUGCAGCUGCCUUCGCGUGAUCUGCUCAACGUAGCUUACACUGUCAAACAAAAAAGACAUGUCCAGUCGUAGGGUCCUGGUGUUCCCAUCUGCAGCGGAGCUAGGUCCGGCGCUGGCUCGGCUGGUCACCGCGAGAGCAGAUCAGGCCUGUGGGUCGGCCAGGGGCCGCUUCUCCAUGGGUGUGUCGGGAGGCAGCCUGGUGGGCAUGUUGAGCAAGGAGCUGACCGCCUUGCCGAACCUGGACUGCAGCCGUUGGGUCGUGGGCUUCUGCGACGAGAGGGUGGUUCCUUUCAGUGACCCAGAAAGCACUUAUGGGCUGUACAAGGAUCAGCUUUUAUCCAAAGUCAAUAUUCCUGAGAGUGGAGUUCUGGCCAUCAACCCCACUUUACCUGUACAAGAGUGUGCAGAGGAUUACGCUCGCAAACUGAGCGAGAGCUUCCCUGGUGAAGCAAUCCCUGUAUUUGACCUGCUGCUCCUGGGGAUGGGCCCUGAUGGACACACCUGCUCACUCUUCCCAGAUCACCCCCUGUUGGAGGAGAGCCAGAAGACGGUGGCCCCCAUCAGCGACUCGCCCAAGCCCCCUCCUCAACGAGUCACCCUGACGCUGCCUGUGGUCAAUGCUGCCCGCUGUGUGGCCUUUGUGUCAACUGGGGGCAGCAAAGCCUCUGUGCUGAAGCGGGUCCUGGAGGGCGGGGAAGGCCCACUCCUGCCUGCAGCAAGGGUAACGCCCAGCAAGGGAGAGCUCCUCUGGCUCCUGGACGAACCAGCUGCAGCCGCCCUGACCCUCCAGGUGGAGAGACCAGCUUCUGGUGCACACCUCUAAAACACCACCAGGGGGAGCCAGAGAGAGGAACGUGGUAUCUGUAGCAAUGUUAGAAGCGUCCAAAGCACUUUGCAAAUUCUGAGAGAAAGCAAAUAUAAACUACUUGAAAUCAACACCGAAAAAACUUGUCGAGCUCGUGUAAAUUAUGUGUUGCACACAGCAGUGAAGCUUGUGGACCUUGUUACUUCCUGUAGACUUUAUUUCCCUGGUUUGCAAUCCAUCUGGUUGUUCAUUUGGCAAUUUGUUGGGAAGGUUCUGGAAAGAAUAGGCACUUAUUUUUCAAUCCAUUCCAAAUUUAUGAUUUUUUUUUAUAUAGGUUGUGUAGUAUUGAAAUGAGAGUGCUCUGGAAUAAACAACCAUGUUCGAAACUGUA